CACACGCAUCAGCUGAAACUCUGUGAUUUUGGUAGUGCAAAAGUUUUGGUGAAAGGAGAACCCAAUGUUUCCUACAUCUGUUCUAGAUACUACCGCGCUCCAGAACUCAUAUUCGGUGCCACUGAAUAUAUGACUGCUAUAGAUAUAUGGUCUACAGGUUGUGUGAUGUCUGAAUUACUUCUUGGACAGCCUUUGUUUCCCGGAGAGAGUGGAGUUGAUCAGUUAGUUGAGAUUAUCAAGGUUUUGGGAACACCUACCAGGGAGGAGAUAAAAUGCAUGAAUCCAAACUAUAUUGAAUUUAAGCUCCCGCAGACAAAGCCUCAUCCAUGGCACAAGGUCUUCCAAAAACGUUUGCCUCCAGAAGCUGUGGACCUGGUUUGUAGGUUUUUUCAGUACUCCCCCAAUUUGCAAUGCACUGCUCUGGAAGCUUGCACUCACCCGUUCUUCGAUGAAUUGAGGGACCCCAACACUCGCCUUCCGAAUGGCCGUCCUCUUCCUCCACUCUUUAAUUUCAAACCACAAGAGUUAUUAGACAUUCCACCUGAUACUCUCCAUCGGCUUAUGCCAGAGCAUGCUUGAAAGCAGAAUUUGUUCAUGGCUUUGCAUACCUAGCAUCAGCUGUUUUCAGUAAUUUUUGCAUAUUUGAAAUUGCCUCUGGAACGGUAGUAUGGUCUUGUAGACAUCUGUAAAAUUCCACUUGCCCUAUGUAUCUAUAUAUUAAUGCUUGACAUUCCGAUCAAAAGAUUUGCAUUGGAGUUCCCAGGACAAUUGUGAGACGCGAGGCUUUGAGUUUGUAUGUCAAUGGAGGUGGUUUCUUUUGAU